AUGGGAGAGCAUGAGACGUGCCUAGCGCCCCGCCGAGGACCCCGGCUUCACCACGACCCGCACGACACGCCGACCGCCGUCACCUCGACCGCCGUCACCUCGACUGCCGUCACCUCGACCGCCGUUACCUCGACCGCCGUCACCUCGACCGCCGUCACCUCGACCGCCGUCACCUCGACCGCCGUCACCUCCACGACCCCCUCGACCUCGACCGUCACGUCGGCCGUCAUCGCGCCCAUCGCGCCCAUCGCGCCCACCUCCCUCCACGCCCUCCACGCCCACCUCCACCGACGGCCUCCCCCACCGCCGCCGCCCUCGCCCUCGCCGCCGCUCCCUGCCGCCCCGAUUCCCCCCUCGGACAGCAUCGACGCGUGGCUGGAGUGUCUGACGCGCGCAUCAGCCGCCUCUCAGCCCGGACACUCCGCGCGAUGCACCAUGGCCGACGCUGAAGACGCGCCCACGAUCCCCCCGCCGGCGCCCAACCCCGAUGCGCAGACGACGGUCAACGACUUCCUCGACUACACCGACUUCUACCCGUCCGACCUGGUGCGCUCGCUGACGCUGAUCGGCGACCUGGAUGCGGCGUAUGCGGAUGCGGUGCAGCAGGUGCACGAGCUGGCCGCGCUGUACUGCACCCUGCCCGCCCUGCCCGCCGCGCCCGAGAGCGAGCGCCCGGACCCGGCGGCCCUGCGCAAGCAAAUCGCCCGCCACCUGCACACCGCCAUCACCCGGCGCGAGUACGCGUACACCGAGGCCGCGCGCCUGUACGAGGUCACCCUGCGCCACUGCCAGCGCUCCACCGUCAUCAAGCGCAAGCUGCAGGCCCAGCCCGAGCCCCCGUCGCGCGACCCCACCCCGCCCCCCGUCUCGCCCCACGCCCUCAAGCGCACCCACGACCGCCCGCGCCUGCACCUCACCUUCGACGGCGCCCGCCACAAGCACCGCAACCCGGCCAUCCCCCUGCCGCCCCGCCGCUCCCACCCCGACUCCGCCUCCGCCUCCGACUCCGACUCCGACUCCGCCUCGGAGCACUCGGACGACGCGCGCAGAAUCAGCCUCGCCGAGCGCCCCAGGAAGGCCCAGACGUACAAGGACCGCGCGCCCAGGCCCCGCCCCCGUGCCCCUGGCGUCGCCGGCACCAACGUCCACAGCUCCAUCGCCGGCAUCUCCACCAGCAAUGCGCUCGCCAAGCUGUCGCCGCCGCCGCCCGACGCACGCCCGGGCAGCAAGUGGGCGCCCUGGAUGAAGCUGACCGAGUACGAGAUGGCGGUGCUGCGCAAGCAGAUGAAGAAGAACGCCGUCUGGACCCCCAGCCUGACCAUGGUCAACCGCGAGCUGGAGCGCAAGCACCGCACAAAGGGCGACUACGAGCGCGAGAGGGCCCGCUGCCACGUCGCCGGCGAGACCUUGGUCGACGAAGAGCCCGAGACCCUGCUGCAGAUCGCCACGGCCCAGGGCGUCGACGAUCCUGCCCUGACCGCGACCGCACACGCCGCGGAGGGCUUCACUGCGCCCGGCGAGUCUGCACCUGCGCCUGCGCCUGCGCCUGCCUCUACACCUGCACGAGACGACAGCGUCGAGGCCGCCGAUGGACGACGCCCUGACCGCAACACGCGGCGACAGCAGGCCAUGCGCGCCGUGCGAGCCCUCGAGAACGCCACCAAGACGAUCCAAAACGCUGCUGACGGCCUCAAGGAGCUCACCUUCUCGCCCCACGCCGUCUCCACGCCGCCUGCCUCUGCGCAGAGGAAGAGGUCGACCGCCCGCACAGCAUCGAACAAGCGCAAGCGCGACACGACUCCGUCACUCGCCGCUGACAGUGCUGCAGAAUCUACCAAGGGAGCAGAGGCAGCAGAACUGGAUGCGCCGCCGCAGCAGCCUGAGCCAAAGCGCCCACGCUUGCAGCUCAUUGCCCCAGCACCACCACCACCUGAUCGUGCAAUGUCUACACCCGCCCCCGCCUCGGCCGAUGUUUCUGUUUUCAGGCAUCUGUCCACACCUCUCUCGCCCUCUUCUGCCGCACAGACACCCGAAGCGCUGCCAGAGGCAGUCUCAAACACCGUCCAAGUGCCGCUCGCGCCUGCAGGCCCAAGCACUCCCAGGCCCAACAAGGCUGCUGCGGACGAAGCCAGUCCCCAAGCCACGCCCGUUCAUUCACCACCUGCGGAGCUGAAGAGGUCCUCAUCAACCGCCGCCGUACCAGCACCCGUGCAAGCGCCGGCGCCGUCUGCCACGACUGCAGCUGUCACACGCUCACGGCGUGAGUCGGUCGCAGCAAAGAACUCGAGUCCGCCGCCAUCUGAGCCAUCAGCGCCGGCACGCGCCCUCACGCCUGCUCUCGAGCGAGCUGCAUCGCCCGAACCUACUGUUGCCUUGCGUCCUCGACCUGCUCGCAGCCACGUGCUGACUCCAAAGGCACUGAGCGAAGAACCCAAGCCCAUCGAAGCAGGGCAGCCCACCCGCGACACGCGCCGCCACAGCAUCUUCAGCCAAUCUGCACUCACCGCACCUGCCCCCAUCCGCGUGAGUUUGCGCAAGAAGCCACCCCCCAAGGGCGAGGUCAGCUCUGCCGAAAACGGUCAGAAGACAGUCACAAACGUUAAACGAUCACAAGGCAGCAAGCACGGCAAGAGGAAGAAACUCGACGACCAGCCGGGACACGUAGACGACGUGGAUUCGGACGAAGAACGAUACUGCAUCUGCGACGAUGUCAGCUACGGACAGAUGAUCUCGUGCGACAACAACUGCGACAAAGAGUGGUUCCACUUCGAGUGCGUUGGCAUGACCCAGAUGCCCGCACGCCGCGCCAAGUGGUAUUGUCCUGACUGCCGCGAGGCGCUGGGCACGGACGCCUUUGGCAAUCCCAAAGUCCCACCGGCAUUGCCAGGUCGCACGGGCCGUGGCAACCUCAGCCGUGGUAAAAGGUAA